GUAGCUGAAAGUUGCGAAAUGUUUUCAGAAACACGGACAGUCCGUUCAUCUCUGAGACAACAGAGAGUUUGACACAUUUGGGGAGAGAAGGAGAGGUGUAGUUACCUUCAGCCAAUCAGAUCGCUGCACUGAGGUCACGUGUGCCAGCCGCUCUCGUGAAGCUAUGAAGGAUGGUCUCGAGCACAGCUCUCAGAUACUUCACCGGGCUGCUGAAGUUUACUGCAGGACAGAGUAACAGAGCAGUCGACAGAGGGUUUAACCCGUUAACUCUGAAGUUUAAAAGCGCAGGGAGGAGAAGGUUUUGCUGGUGUUGUGUGAACUAAGCUGCUGAGGAGGAGAAACAUGGCUCAGGACUGUGGAGAAGUACAGCUGAAGGAGGUAUCCAGUGAUAAACAGCAGCCAGACAACCAACAGAAAGCUACAGGAAUCCCAUUGUCGAGGAAACUAUGCUACGCCAUUGGUGGGAUGCCCUAUCAAAUGACGUUAAAUGCCAAGGCCUUUUUUAUGCCUAUCUUCCUUCUUGACGUUGUGCAUAUGCAGCCGUACUAUGUGUCCAUAAUUCUUUUCCUUGGGCGGGCCUGGGAUGCCGUCACUGACCCACUGGUGGGCUAUGCAGUCAGCAAGAGUGGCCGCACUCGCAUUGGCAAACUCAUUCCCUGGAUAGUAUGCAGCACACCACUGGGAGUAAUCUCCUACAUCAUGGUGUGGCACACUCCCCAGGAAAACAUGUCUGCUGUCUCCAGCUUCUGCUGGUACUUCUUUUGGAUCUGUCUUUUUGACACUUUCCUUAGUUGCUACCAUGUGCCCUACUCCUCUCUGAAUAUGUUUUUGGGCGGAAAUGAUAGAGACAGAGACUCAGCUACUGGCUACAGGAUGGGGAUGGAGAUGUUUGCGACACUGCUGGGGGCUGCUAUUCAGGGUCAGAUUGUGGGGGUCCACCAUGCUAAGAAGGCAAAUGCUUGCAGCCAUCUGAAUAACAGCGAAGCGCUCACUGACAAUGACUCAGUUACACUGGACCCAAACUUCACCUCCCCUGACACGACACUACAGAAUACGAGACAAGCAUAUUUGAUUUCAGCACUGGUGAUAGGAGCUUUCUAUUUCCUGUGCUGCCUCGUGCUGUUCGUUGGAGUGAAAGAGCAGUUGGCUCCACUGAGUAAGCUGGACCGCAUACAAGUUCCGUACCUGACCGGCAUGAAAAUGAUUGUGAAACAUACCCCUUAUUUGUGGCUCGUGUUUGGAUUCUUCUUCUCUUCCGUUGCUUUUCAGCUGGCUCAGUCAAACUUUGCUCUCUUCUGUACACAUGCCGCCGGAAUGGGGGCAUAUUUUCAGCACCUUAUGCUCAUAUUGCUGAUCGCAGCUACCUUGUCCGUUCCUCUAUGGCAGAUGGUAUUGGUCAGACUGGGAAAGAAGACCACCAUCUUCAUGGGCCUAUCAAUCUACAUUCCAUCACUCAUCAUUUUAACUAGUGUGAAGGGCAGUUUUCUUGGUUUUGCCCUGACAGCAAUUUUAGCGGGCACCAGCCUAGCAACCCUCUUUUUACUGCCUUGGUCAAUGUUGCCAGAUGUGGUGGACGACUUUAAGGUGAAGAACCCAUCGUUCACAGACCUGGAGCCCAUGUUUUACUCAUGCUUUGUUUUGUGCAACAAGUUUGGAGGAGGCUUGUCAAACGGAGUCUCCACUCUAGCACUACAAUUCGUAGGCUACCAGCCUGGUGCAUGUAGGCAAAACCCCAGAGUGAUCACCACGCUGCAGGUGCUCUUCGCUCCAGCUCCCAUUGUUCUGCUGCUGAUAGGCAUGCUGCUGUUCUUCUUCUAUCCCAUCAAUGAGCAGCGGCGGCAGCAGAUCCAGACUGAACUCCAGAAAAUAGUUGCGAAAGGACAGACAGUGCAGGAAGUUUAUCUGUGAAGAAUUCCCACCGGACCUGAAUGCACCUUAUAUUAUUAUUUUUCUAUAAUUAAUUAUUAUACUGUAAAUAUUAUCUGAACUCAAAAUGUAUUGUUAUUUUAACAUUUUUAGACAAUAAUGCACAUGAAAUUAUGUAUCUAAUUUUUUUUUUAUUAAUACAGAUUUUAUUAUGUUUUUAUGUUUGUUCCAAAUGUGCACAUAUUCAAAGCUGGAGAAAAAAAAAAUCAUUCUAAACAGCAACUGUUGUAUGUGAUAUGUGAUAUGUAUUAUUGAGCUCUCUGAGUCUUUUAUAAAGAAUGAAUUAAGAAUAUGAUUCUGGGAAGGGAUUUAAAAACACCUCAAAACAGUUAGAAAUUAGCCAUUUCACUGUCCAAAAAAUAAUUUUUAAGUGGAGAAAAUGUAGAACCACUAGACAUAUGACCAGAUCAUUAUAUUCUAACAAGUUCAGCCCACAAUAGCAGACCACAAGAUGUCUUAAACAUUCCUAAAAUAUCAUCAUGGGACCUGCAGGCAGCUCUUAGAGCAGUUGAUGUACACACAUCUACUAUCAGAAAGAGGCCAAACCUUUUUUUAACUGCCCAUUGCUGUAAGAAAUGUUAUCAGAGAACAUUGAGACAAACACCAGGACUUCUGCAAAAAUGUGAUUUGGACAGAUACAUCCAGUUGAAAUAUUUGGUGUUGGUUUGGAGCUUCUUUGCUGCUGCAGGGCGUGACAAGCUCCCCAUUAAAUUUCAUUAUGAAUUCUUCACUGUACUGGGAGGGUGCUGUCCACAAAUGUGGGUUGAUUUGAAACUGCCUGCACAGGCAAGAAACCACUCAAACCUCACAGAAAUUAAAAAAAUUCUGUAUGGAAGAAUGGAAAAAAAAUUCUUCUAUUUAACGUUGGAGACUGGCAAAUGGUUACAGGAAAUGUCUAGAUAAGGUAAUUCCAGCCAAAGAGGGAAAUGCCAGCUACUAGAUCAUGGGGGCUAACUUUUUUUCUGACAAGAUAAAAAAAAAACGUAUUUUUAAAGGCAAUGUCUCUAGUUUAAUUUAUUUAUUUGUCAUAUAAGCUUUAUCUCUUAAUACUUUUUAAAUGCAGCUCAAAGGUCCAUAUGUUUAAAUAAUUUCAAAAAGGUUUUUAUGACCUGUCCUAAUUUUUGCACAUGACAAAUGAAGUGAAUAACACUGAUUGUAUUGUCACAAUUAAGAGAGUGAGAGAUCAUUA